AUGUUAUCUGAACCUCAAUUCCUUAAAGUCAAACAGCUAUACGACCGAAAAGAUGCUCUACUUUACAGAAUUAAUCACUUGGAAUCAACCACUAAAGCCCUCCAAGCUGAAAUGUCCAACCACUCCAUAAGUUUUCAAACAGCAGUCGAGGCGUUUUUUGACUUUGCUGUGAAAACUGCAUUUCCUGAUCACAAAGGUCAUAAAGUGCAGGUGACCGUUCCGAAUAACGACCGUUUCGGUGAUCUGCAGUGCAACAGUGCACUCAGACUUUCAAAGGAGUUUGGCUCUUCUGAUGCAACGGCGAACCCUUCUCUUAUUGCAAAAUCAAUUAUUGAUGCCCUCCCACAGAAUGACUUGAUAGAAAAGAUGGAAGUUGCCGGGCCAGGAUUUAUCAAUAUCCGGAUCUCCAAAGCUUUUGUGCUGAGUGAAUUGAAGAAAAUACUGACGAAUGGUGUUCAGCCGCCACGAUUAACUGCCCAUUAUUCAGUUAUAAUCGAUAUGUCCUCGCCCAACAUUGCAAAAGAAAUGCAUGUUGGUCAUUUGAGAUCAACUAUUAUCGGAGACGGGAUCGCACGUCUGUUGACGUUUCUGGGACACAAAGUUCUGAAACUAAACCAUAUCGGUGACUGGGGGACGCAAUUCGGAAUGUUAAUCGCACACUUGCAGGAGACAUUUCCUGACGUGCGGACUGUGCCGCCCAUCGGAGACCUGCAAGCUUUUUACAAACUAGCCAAGGCUAAAUUCGACGAGGAUGAGGACUUUAAAGCGCGCGCUUACAAGGCAGUUGUGCAGCUACAGUGCCACGACCCAAAUCACAUACGCAUGUGGCAACAGAUAUGUGAGAUAUCCCGCCGUGAAUUUCAAAAGGUCUACGAUAGGUUGGACAUUAGGGAUCUUGUUGAACGAGGCGAGUCGUUUUAUCAAUCCCGAAUGCAUGAUAUGGUGCGAGAUCUGGAGACUCUGAAUAUGUUGCAGUUAGACGAGGGUAGAAAAAUACUCUGGGCUCCUAACUGUGACGUUCCACUGACGAUUGUCAAGUCUGAUGGUGGAUUUACGUAUGACACAUCUGAUCUUACUGCCUUGUUGCAUCGGAUACACGAGGAGAAGGCCGACUGGGUAAUCUACGUGGUCGACGCUGGUCAGGCCCUUCACUUCAAUACUUUGUGGUCUGCUGCCGAAGCGGUUGGAUUCUAUAAACGCAGCGUUCAUCGGGUGGAACAUGUUUCUUUCGGUGUUGUCCUUGGUGAAGACAAGAAAAAGUUCAAAACUCGUUCCGGUGAAACGGUUCGCUUGGUCGAUCUGCUAGAUGAAGGUUUGGAACGUUCAAAAAAGAGGCUAAUAGAGAAAGGCAGAGAUAAGGAACUAACAGAGGACGAGUUCAAAGCUGCCCAAGAAGCGAUUGCUUAUGGUUGCAUCAAAUACGCUGAUCUAUCCCACAAUCGAAUAAAUGAUUAUAUCUUCUCAUUCGACAAGAUGCUCGACGACAAAGGCAAUACGGCUGUUUACCUGCUAUAUGCGUACACGCGCAUCAGGUCAAUCGCUCGAAACGCCGGGUACACGAGCGAACAGCUGGCCAAAUUUUCUGACCAACAGGCGCUGUCUUUGGAUCAUCCAGCCGAAUGGAAACUAGCCAAAACAAUUUGUCGAUUUCCGGACAUACUGCUGCGAAUACAGAACGACUUCCUGUUGCACACACUGUGUGACUAUUUGUACGAUUUGAGUUGUACAUUUACGAGUUUCUACGACGUAUGCUAUUGCAUUGAGCGAGACCGGGAGACAGGUGCCAUACUUCGAGUGAACACCGGUCGCCUAAUGUUAUGUGAGGCAACUGCCAAGGUGAUGAAAUGCGGGUUUGAUAUACUCGGACUGAGAACCGUUGAGCGCAUGUAAUCUACCAAAGACUCAUUCAUUGUAAUAUAUUUCGUCAAUCGGUG